AUGGACCCUGUAGUCUUGAGUUACAUGGACAGUCUACUGCGGCAAUCAGAUGUAUCACUAUUGGAUCCUCCAAGCUGGCUCAAUGACCGUGUUAUUGGAUUUGCCUUUGAGUAUUUUGCCAACAGUCAAUUUCAUGACUGCUCUGACCAAGUCUGCUUCAUCAGUCCUGAAGUCACCCAGUUCAUCAAGUGCACUAGCAAUCCAGCAGAGAUUGCCAUGUUUCUUGAACCCCUGGACGUCCCCAACAAGAGAGUUGUAUUUUUAGCCAUCAAUGAUAAUUCCAACCAGACAGCUGGGGGAACCCAUUGGAGUUUGCUGGUUUAUCUCCAAGAUAAAAAUAGCUUUUUUCAUUAUGACUCCCAUAGCAGAAGCAACUCAAUUCAUGCAAAGCAGGUAGCAGAGAAGUUGGAGGCUUUCUUGGGUAGAAAAGGAGACAAACUAGUCUUUGUGGAAGAGAAAGCCCCUGCUCAACAAAACAGCUAUGACUGUGGGAUGUACGUGAUAUGUAACACUGAAGCCUUGUGUCAUAACUUUUUUAGACAAGAGCCAGAAUCACUAUUGCAACUACUCACUCCUAUGUACAUCACAAAGAAGAGAGGAGAAUGGAAAGAUCUCAUUGCCAGACUUGCUAAAAAUUAG